AUGCUUGUUAAGGAUGUGAGGUUCUGCUUCAUCGCAGCCAACGUGACAAUUGGAGGACGCACCUACACGCAUAUGCAGAGUGUGUCGGAGGACGUGUGGGAGGAUGAUGUUGAGUCGACCACAGGAAUGUCUGGUGGAGUCAUUGCCGGGAUUGUCAUUGCCGGCAUCGUUUUGUUGAGUGCUCUGGUUGUCGCCGUGGUGUAUGUGUUGCGUCAGCGAAGGAAAAAAAGAAGGGAGCCACUGGACUCUGGCACACCACCCUCGCCGACGGUGCCACACUCUGUGCCGAGGGAAUCAAAUCCCCUGACAACUGACACUGCCGAGACUUCCCCGCACACUUCCCCACCCACGCCUGCUCCUCCCCAAGACGACAGUGCUGUCCAGGUGCCUGUUGUUGAACAAUCCAGCAACACAGUGGAGCGGCACAUGGACCCCACACAUAUGCAAGAGGUGGUGGACGGUAAUUCGGCCCCUUCAGAGGAAACACGCGAAGGCGGUAUGGCAAACACAGCAGAAAAUGUUACUUCUUCUGGUAACAACGUAAGCCACAACAUUGUGGCGUACCCGUCGACGCUUUAUAAUAUGUCGCCAGCGGAGUUUAAUGAAGUUUUGGUGAGGAGCGUGCAGGGAUACGUGGAAAAUCUUUACGCCACGUUGAUGAAUGGUGCGCAGCAUGGGGCCGCUCCUCAAACAACACGUGUUCCUCCUGAGCGCAGUGCAAACGAGGAAUAA